AUGCGCUUCCACAUCUGUCUUGGGGGACUGGCUGCCCUCGUCGCGGCAGCAGGCAUAUCUGCGAGGUUCCUGGCCGACUCGCCGCCUGCGACCACGCUGAACCCGCUGCUCGCGGCAAGACAGGCGACUCCGACCACGACGGUGUCCCUGCCGCGCAGAACGCUCACGCCAGACCCUUGGCAGUGCGUCACCGAGAACAUCACGCAGUAUUUCGACGUCCCGAAGCCGACGGGCAACGUCCUCGACGCCAUCAACUCGUACGCUGCCGAGGUGAACAAGGCGUGUCUAGUCACGGCGGUCGGCUACCAGCAGCGGUCCUGCACUAUGUCGGACAUAAAGCUUUGGUGCGGAUUCACCACUGCCGCGCCUGCGGACGUUCUCUCAAGCUACUCGUCCUAUGCUUCCGAAGUCGUGUCAUUCUGGACGGCCAAGAGCUCCAUGAUCUCCAUUCUCUCUACCAGCUGUCCCGUUGCCUGGGGGAGGCACCACAUGGCCGACCACGAGUGGCAGAGGAUCGCCGGAGCCCAUGCCAACUGCUACCUUGCGGCACAUUCCCAGACGCAGAGCCAGUCUCAGACCCAGACUCAGAGUCAGACCCAUACUGGUACCGAGACAACCGCACCGACGGGGACGGUAGCCGGUGCGACCACCUCGACAACGCCCGGAACGAGCAAGGCUAAUCUUCUGGGCCGUGCCCAAACCGUGGAGGCCAUGGCCUUGGUGAGCGCUGGACUGGCUGUUCUCGCCAACGCGGCAUGA